AUGCUCUCGCGAAUUUCCUCUCGUUUUUACUCUUCUGGUAGAAAACAAUUGGAUAAACACUUACGUUCCGAAUUGGAUGGCAUUAAAUCUGCUGGAACUUUCAAAAAUGAGAGAGUGAUUGAAGGAAAGCAGGGAGUGAUAGUUAAAGUUACAGGAAAAGAGAAACCUGUGGUUAAUUUCUGUGCUAAUAACUAUUUGGGAUUAUCAAGCCAUCCAGAAGUGAUCGCUGCUGGAAAAAAAGCGCUCGACACUCAUGGAGCGGGAUUAUCAUCUGUUCGGUUCAUCUGUGGAACACAAGACAUUCACAAAGAAUUAGAACGGAAAAUUGCUCAAUUUCAUGGAACUGAAGAUACGAUACUGUAUGCCGCUUGCUUCGACGCCAAUGCUGGAAUUUUUGAAGUUUUAGCUGGUCCUGAAGAUGCAAUAAUAUCAGAUGAGUUGAACCAUGCUUCCAUCAUAGAUGGUAUAAGACUUUCGAAGGGAAAGCGUCUCCGAUAUAAGCAUAUGGAUGUUCAGGAUUUAGAAGAAAAAUUGAAAGAAGCUCAAAGUUCUCGGCAUCGUGUCAUCGUUACGGACGGUGUUUUCUCCAUGGAUGGUGAUGUAGCUCCUUUGAAAGAAAUUUCCAAUUUAGCCGAGAAAUAUAACGCAGUAAUAUUUAUGGAUGAAUGCCAUGCCACUGGAUUCUUCGGAAAAACAGGACGAGGAACAGAAGAAGCUUUAGGAAUGAAUGGAAAAGUUGAUAUCAUUAACUCAACACUAGGCAAAGCACUGGGAGGAGCUAUGGGUGGAUACACAACAGGACCAAAAUCGCUAAUCGACUUACUUAGACAACGUUCUAGACCAUAUCUGUUUUCAAACUCGUUGGCACCGAGCAUAGUGGGCUCAAGCAUCAAGGUUCUUGAUUUGUUGAUGAACGAUCCAUCGUUCAUAGGCUCACUCCAAACUAAUGUGCAGCGCUUUAGGUCUAAAAUGAAUGCUUUGGGCUUCACAGUUCUUGGAAAUGAAGCUCAUCCAAUUUGUCCAGUCCUUCUCGGAGAUGCUAGAUUGGCAUCGGAAAUGGCUGAUCAAAUGCUGCAAGAGGGUAUUUAUGUUAUCGGGUUCAGCUAUCCAGUAGUUCCCAAAGGAAAAGCCAGAAUUCGUGUCCAGAUUUCUGCUGCCCAUACUACAGAGCACAUUGAUCAUGCAGUUGACGCGUUCGAACGCAUUGGCAAAAAACUUGGUGUCAUUUAA